AUGGUGAAUGAUGAUUGUUUGGAUUCAUGUCCUUUAGGUUAUUUUGAUUUUUAUGAAGAUAUAUGCAAACCUUAUACAAGCAAAUCUUUAUUAUUUAGAGAUGAUGUUAAUCAGAAUUAAAUUAAAUAUCAAUAUAUAAAGGAUACUUUAUCUAAUAUCUUUUAUAAAUCAUCAACUUUUGAAUAAGGUUAAAAUUUUUAAGGACCUUUUAGAUUUAAUGAUAAAAUACUAUAUUCAUUUAGAAAGUCAUCAAUCAAUAAUAUUUUAGAGUUUGAAAUAACAAUUUAUAUCUAUGGAUAAAUAGCUGUAAUUUAAUUUUUAUAAUAUAGGAUGUGACUGGAGUAAUAUUUGAAAUUAAUAAUUAUAGAAUUGGAGCAAUUACUUCUGAACUAUCAGAAAUAUCAGCUAAAGGUGGUUUGAUUAAAUAGAUUUUGGGAUGUUCUUAUAAUGGAUUUUAGAGUUGCAAGAAAAUAUAGUAUUAUAUAACUAUAUAAAGUUUUAAUGAAUUAGAUAUUGUUUUAGGAAUAAGAUCUUUUUUUAAGUAUAUAUAUAUUAGAUUGUUUUUAUAGCAUAUCAGAUCCAUUGUAAGCUUGGGGAUUAGAUUAGGUUAUAGUGAAUGAGAUUGAACCAGGAAUAUUAUUACCUUAAGUUUGUUCUCUUUGGUAUGAAGGUAAGUGUACGAAUUAAUGUCCUACAUAUUCUACGUUAAAUGGAAUUAUAUGUGAAGAUUAUGGCAGUAUAUAUAAGAAUCCACUAUAUUUUUUUAAAGAAUUUUAUCCUAAUCAUAUUAUUAAUGAUUAUUCAAGAGCAUUAAUAGAUCUAAAAAAUAUAGAAUUUUAUCAAUUUGAGAAUAGAUUUCUAUAUAUGUUUAAUACUAAUUAUUAAGGUGGUAUAUUAAGGCAUAAAUUUUAAAUAGUAACACCUCAUCGUAAAUUGAGAUUAAUGAUAUCAAUUUUAUUGAUUGAUUGGUAAAAUAACUCAUAAGAUUAUUUUUUUGAAUUAGCAAUUGGAUCUAGUCUUAAUUAAUAAAAAUAUAAAUUUUAUGCUGAUUUAUCAAAUUAAUUUAUAGAUUAUCAAUUAAAUUAAGAAUUUCCUGAUUAUAUUUAUAGAAAUUACACUUUAGAUUUUAUACAUAAUUAGAAAUCAUUUAAUUUAGAAUUGAGAUGUUUUUCUCCAUUUGAUGGAUAUUGUUCAUUUUUUGAUUACUUUAUAAUUAUUGAAAAGGUUAUUAUGAUGUUUAAUUUUAGUGUGAUCAUGGAUGUUCCAAAUGUGAUAUAAAUGGAGUCUGUUAAUAAUAUGAUUUUCAAGAUUUAGAUAAAAUUAGUUACUAAUUUCAAAAUUAUUAAUGUUUAGAUGGUUAUUGGUAUGAUGACGAAUAAUGUAUAAAAUGUUCAUUUGGUUGUGGUAAAUGCAAUCGUCAUAUCUGUUUAUAAUGUGAAGAUAAUUUUGAAUUGAAGGAAGGUAAAUGCUUUUGUUAGUUUUAAUAAUCUAAUGGAAUAUGUAAGAAACUAUGGCAUUGUCCUUAAUAUUGUUAAACUUGUUCAAAACAUUAUUAAUCAUGUGAUUCUUGUGAUCUCAGUUAAUUAAAAGUGUUAAAUAUGAAUACCUGUGUAUGUAUAAAUGGCUAUUAUAUGAAUCCAAAUUUUGAAUGUAUUAAAUGUAAUAUGAAAUGUAUAACUUGUAAUGGAUAUGAAUCAUGUACAAGUUGUGAUAGUCAAUCUAAUAGACAAUUAUUUUAAAAUAUGUGUGUAUGUAAAUAAGGAUAUUUUGAUAAUAUGGACAAUAUUAAUUGUCAAUAAUGUCAUUAUUUAUGUAAAGAAUGUUAUUUUGAAUAUGAUCGUUGUACUGAAUGUGAUACUCAAAUAUUUAGAUAAUUAUCAAAAGGUAAAUGUAUAUGUUAAGUUGGUUAUUAUGAAGAUAAUUAAUAAAUAUGUUAGAAGUGUAAUUCAAAUUGUUAUACUUGUGAAUAAGAAAAUAUCUGUUUAAGUUGUGAUAUUUAAUAAAACAGAAUAUUAAACACACAAUAAAUUUGCAUAUGUAAUUAAGGAUAUUUUGAAAAUUAAGUAAAUUAAUGUUAAACAUGUCAUUAUUCAUGUAUAUAUUGUAAUCAAUCUGAUGAAUUCAAUUAAUGUACUUCAUGUCCAUCUUCUCGAAUAAAAUCAUCUGAUAAAAUGAAUGUAUUUGAAUGUAAAUGUAGAAAAGGAUAUUUUGAUAUUGGAAUCUUAGAAUGUAUCAGUUGUAAACCUUAUAAAAAUGUAAUUGCUUCACAUCCUUGUUAUUCAUAAUGUGGAGAUUAAAUAUUAUAAUGGAAUGAAGAAUGCGAUGAUGGAAACAAUGAUUCAAGAGAUGGUUGUGUUGAUUGUUAUUACACUACUGAUAGAUGUAGUCCUAAUAUUUGUAAAAAGUGUUAUUAAGGUUAUUGUAUAAUAUGUAAUGAUGGUUAUUACAUAAACAAAAAUAAUGAAUGUGAAAUAUGCUCUUAAAGUUGUAUUACUUGUAUUAAUUCUUCAAACAAUUGUCUAUAAUGUAGAUUCCUAUAAAUAGAUCAAACUUGUAAGAUUUGUGAUUAAGAAUAUGGAUUUUAAAUAAAGGAUAAUAAAUGUUAAGCUGUUUGUGGAGAUAAUAUGAUAGUUGAUAUUGAAUAAUGUGAUGAUGGUAAUAUAAUUGAUGGAGAUGGAUGUAAUUCAUAAUGUAUGAUAGAACAAGGAUUUAUAUGUAAUCCUAAUUGUUAAAUUAUAAAUCCAAUAAUUAUUAUAUUGAAAUCUGAUCCAAAAGAUAAGUAUUUCAAUAGUAAGAGAUACUGUUAUUUAGAAUUUAAUUAAGAUGUAAUCAUUGAUGGAACUUUGUCUUAAAUGAUUAAUAUGUAAAUCAAUAAUUCAUCUGUUUAAUUUAAUUCUAAUAUAUCACAUUUAAAUCCUCAAUCUCUUUUAAUAGAAAUAGAAUUUUUAAAUAAUGUAUAAAAUCCAAUUAUUUAAAUUGAAAUAAGUACUCCUUCUAAAAUUAAAAAUAAUUAAGGGGUAAAUUUAGAAAAUAACAUUUAAACAAUAUAACUAUUAUCUUAUACUCAUCAAAGUGAAGGUACUAAAACAGCUACAAAUAGUUCAUCAAAUUUUGCUUAUUUUAUUAUGAUAUUUCUAUUGAGUUUAGCUGGUUUUUCUUUUAUUACUGGUGGAUUAAGUAUAUUUUUUAACUUGUUGGAUUCUAUUUAAAUGUUAGCUUAUUUAAAAUACUUAAAUAUUAUUUUCCCAUAUAAUUUAUAAAUGUAUUUUGAAACCUUUGGAUUUGCUGAAUUUAAUUUCUUAAAAGAAUAUAUAUCAAUUUAAAUAACUAUUCUCGAUUUUGAUUUUAAAAUAUCUGAGAAUCAACCAGAUCAAAAAUUUGCAGAAGAAGGAUACUCAUCUUUAUUUAUUAUAAAUAUACUUAGUGUAUUAAGUGUAUUUAUUAUUACUUACUUUACUUUCAUUUUAUCAUAAUUACUACACAAAAUAUGUAAUUUCUAUAUCAAUUAUUUACAUAAUAAUAUCAAGAAUGAUAAUUAUUUCAUUAUAAAUAUUUUUUAAUACUAUUUAUACAUUGUAGCAAAGCAUCUACAAUCCUUAUCUAUUAUUUAUAAUACUUAAUUUCACAAUAAUAUAAUACGAACUAUAAUGACAGUUGCAAUGGAUUUUAAUAUGGCAAUAUUUUUAUAAUUAAAGAUGUAUCAAUAUGAUAUGAGAUUUAGUUAUUAUUUAAGUUUAAUUUCAUUAAUUGUUUAUCUAUUAUUCAUUUAUUAUGGUUUAAUUGCAAUAUCUAAAAAAUAAUAUGAAUUUGUUACUCUUAUAUAUAAAUAGAAACAUGAAUCAUUUUUAGAAGGUAAUCCAGAAUUUCAUUAAAAUUAAUUUGUUAAAUAUUAUAAUAUCAUAAUACUAAUUAAAAAGAUGAUGUUCAUGUUUGCAUUAAUAUUUUUAUAUCAUUGUCCAUAUUUUUAAAUUUUAAUAUCUUCAAUUUAAAAUAUUAUCUUUAUUGGAUAUAUUUUAUUGAUCAAACCUUUAAAAGAUAUUAAUGAAUUCUAUAAAGUUAUUUUAACAGAAUGUAUUUUAUGGUUGGAAUAAUUAUUAAUACUCUUAAUAUAUUAUAUUCAAUCAGGAACCAAUUAAUUAGAUUAAUCUUAAAUUUCCAAUAUGUAAAUUUUGGGUUGGAUUAUUAUAGGAUUAUCAAUAGUUAUGCUAUUAAUAUAGUUUUUGAUUGAUAUUAAAUAACAUGCUUAUUUUCUAUAUCAAUAAUAUGCAUUCAUUCAGAAGAUGUUUGAAUAUGUAACUAGGGUUUUUAAUAAAAAAGACUAAUAAAUUGAUUAAAUUGCAGAAGAACUUAUCAAAGAAGAAAAAAAUGGAAAGCUAAAAAGUAAAAUAAUUGCCUAUCAAUUUACAUAAGAUAGAAAAAUGUAUUGA